AUGUCAUAUCGAUCGAUAAUCGUCGCCUUGACCUGCUAUCUCCAUGUAUCAGUUGCCGAACCUGCAUGCGACCCUGCCUCGAUUGCCGCUUCGCAGGUUGUACUGCAGACAUCAGCCUCCGAGUACGAUGGAGCUCGCACCCAGUGGGCGUCGAGCAUGGGCUCACAAUCUGAGAGUGAUGCGAUGUUGAAGCCCAGUGACGUUCUGUUUUGUCAGUCCGAGGACGAAGUUCUGGAUACAAUCAAUUUUGCACAUGAAUGCGAUUACAAGCUGUCUAUACGAAGGGGUGGACAUAAAUAUGUGAGGAUGGAACUCAAUAGCAGGAACAAAUUCCUAACGAAGUCUUAUGGGUUGGGAAUGGACCACGUUUCUAACUUCCGACUCGCCACCGCCAACGGCGAAAUUUUGGACGUGAACGCUACGAACCACUUAGACCUCUAUAAAGCGGUCUUCGGGGGUUCUCCUGGAAGUUGGACGGGUAUCGACGGGGGUACCGGUCCAGAACAGUAUCUCAAGGCAUUCACUGACAUUGAAGCGCCCUUUCAUAAUAUGUCAAUCUCCUUACCUGCGAUUUUUGCUAUUAAAUUUCUAACUACCGACUUUGACCAGGGCGAGUUUCAUUUUGCAGAGAUAGUGGCAACAGAGAUGGAUCAACCAUUACUCAUUCCAGAUUAUUACACCUCGAUGCAACUUCAGAACGAUAGUGGUACUGGACCUGGUAGUCAAAUGAACAGGAAUACGGGUAUGAAUUCGUAUCCCCUACGAGAUAUGAUGAUUAUUCUUGUUGAUUGGCAUUUCUUCCUCGAUGAGGAAGCGUCUGAGGGUGUUAAGGUCACGACGGCCAAUGCUUGGAUUCAACCUGAGGCAGAUUCGAUGUGGAUGGUUACCGAUACUAGCAAUGCACAGGAAGCUGACAUCAAGGAUUUAUGGAAACGUUACUAUCCGAAUGCAGAUUGGUUCGAGUGGUUGCAGGAUGUUAAACUCCGCGUUGAUCCCUAUGAUCUCUUCCACACCGAUAUGACAAUACUAGUAUCGGAGCCACGCGCGACCGGUAGGAGGGCAAAAGAUAUACAGCCCUGA